CACACAGUCACGUCAAGCACGCAGAGGGCAAGGAGCAGACAGACCGACGCACAAGUGCAUCAUCACAGUACCUGAUUUAGGACUCACCACAAGCAGUUAAACAAGGGCUGUCCUUUCCCGUACACUUAUUUAGACAGGGAAUAUAAGAAGAGAUAUGGACUUCAUCCUGCCACCCAAUCUGCCAGAUGGUGAUAUCCCAUGGGAGAAGGUUUUACCUCCUCUUAUUCCUCGGCUCAAUGGGACUUAUGGACAAUAUAAUUGGUCUCCGAAAUUACUGAUGCCAGAGACUGACAAUAACAGCUCCGCAGAGGUUAACUGUGACAACAGUGGUUUUACAGUUCAAGUUGAUGUAAAGCACUUCAACCCAGAGGACCUAAUGGUCAAAGUAACAGGAGACUUUGUGGAAGUGCAAGGAAAGCAUGAAGAAAAAAAGAAGGAUGGUCCAGGGGUUACAACACGGCAGUUUAACCGCCGCUACCGAAUCCCAAAGCGAGUGGACACCAUGGCUUUGGAGUCAGCGGUCUCUCCAGAUGGCAUCCUUAUCAUAUCUGCACCGAUGCUGCAAACCGAGGACUCCAGAAUCCUGACCAAAUAAUAAUUAUACCAAGCACUCAAAUCUCAACCACCUUCACAGCAUAUAAAAAAAAAAAAAAGUCUAAUGUAAUCCUUUAAGAACUCACAGGCACAUGCA